GUAACGGAAGUAGCGUAAUAGGGGUUUCCUACAUUAGCAGACAUGGCCGACGUGGACUUUCUUUCAAAGCAGGAUGAUUCCGACUUGUCCCUUGAAGGGGAGAUUACUGUUCCAGGUGUUUCUAAAAGUGAUGAUGAGUUAUCUACCCUUGAUGAACCAGUUAAAGAUACUGUGAUGAGAGAUUUACGAGCUAUUGGAACUAAGUUUUUUCAUGUUUUAUAUCCUAAAACGAGUAAAACUCUAUUAAAAGAAUGGGAUUUGUGGGGUCCACUUAUUCUCUGUGUGUACAUGGCUAUGAUGUUACAGAGUGGCACUUCUGGUCAACCACAAUUUGCUGAAGUAUUUGUUAUAUAUUGGAUUGGAGCUGUUAUUGUUACUCUUAAUACUAAAUUACUGGGUGGAAACAUAUCAUUUUUCCAGAGUGUGUGUGUUUUAGGAUAUUGUGUUUGUCCACUAGCUGUGGCUCUUAGUAUCUGUCGCAUUAUACUGAUAGCCAAUCAAACAACAGCUCUCUUUGUAGUCAGAUUCUUGUUUGUUGUAGCAGGAUUUGCUUGGUCAACGUUUGCCUCUACAGCGUUUUUAGGUGAUAUUCAAGCUCGCAAUCGUAAAGUCUUAUCUGUCUAUCCAAUAUUUUUAUUUUAUUUUAUAAUAAGUUGGUUAAUUAUUUCUCAUACUCAUUAAUAAAUGAUUAAUUGUAUUAAUUACUGUAGAUGCUUAGUGAUCUCAUACUUAAUCACAAGAACAGAACAGUGCAAUUUAAUUUAUUUAAACCUUUCUUUGUUAAAGUGAUGUUACAUGGCAUUACACAUUAAUAACUACUUUACUCAACUACAAAUCGCUGAUCAUCAUUUGCAUUUCAUUGGGCAUUCUCAUUUUUCUUGGCUCAAGUGAACAGAAAUUGAUUAUUUAAUUAAGAGAACAGGGCGGGGGGGGGGGGGGUUGUGUGCAUGAAAUCAUAAGAUCUGUCAUUGAGUCAAGUGGCAUGGUUUUGAUUCUCUGUUAGUAUGUGACAAUUGUAGGGUCACCUAUCCAACCUUUUGGAUUUUCCCCAGGUCCUCCAGUUUCUUCCCACUGCUAAAGACCCCUACGCAUUACAUAUGUUAUUCCCGAAAUGGCCUAGUUUGUGUUGUGUGGACGUUAGACCCCAUUUCACUCUCUUUAGAAAACAAACCAACAUAUCAAGAGUAGAUAAUCUACAAACUGGGAUUCAAUCUGAAUAAAAAGAGGUCCAUCAAAAGUUUUUACUGAACACUUAUAGGUGAUGUUGGUUUGUUUGUGUCAUCUGCAGAGGAUGCCAAAUAUUUGGAAAUUUUCAAUUCAUCAUAACUUUGUUUAUACUGAAUAGAAAUGAACCAUUUUAGGACUGAUAUUCUGAUUAGAAAUUUAACUUUCACAAUAUUGUAGUUUGCUAGGUAUUCAAAAUCCAUCAAAUGAUUAUUAACAACUUCAAGACUGAUAUUAUUAUUAGAAAUUCAACUUUCACAACAUUUGUAGUUUGCUAAUUAGUCAAAAUCUGUCAAAUGAUUAUUAACAGCUUCAAGACUGAUAUUAUUAUUAGCGAUUUAACUUUCACAACAUUUGUAGUUUGCUAAUUAGUCAAAAUCUGUCAAAUGAUUAUUAACAACUUCAAGACUGAUAUUAUUAUUAGAAAUUCAACUUUUACAAUAUUCUAGUUUGCAAGGUAGUUAAAAUCAAUCAAAUGAUUAUCAACAGCUUCGAGACUAAUAUUAUUAUUAGGGAUUUAACUUUCACAAUAUGGAAGUUUGCAAAUGAUUCAAAAUCACUCAAAUGAUGAUCAGAGACUUUUAAUAAAGUAUAAAUUAAAAAAAAUAUAUAUUUGCUGAGAUUUCGUAAUUUAUGGAUAAUUUAAAUUUGUGUAAUUAAGCAUCAGAUCAGAUUAAUAAUAAUUGGAAGGGUGGAGGGGGGAAGUGGGGGUUACUUGUAUAAAAAAAAAUGAUUGGAUUGUGAUUUAUAGUUCUGUAUGUUUCAAAAUUGUGGGUGGUUAUUAAUAUAGAUUCUAACUAGACAGUCAGAGAUGUAGCUUCUGAUGAUAUUUUACUUUUAUCAUGAAGACAAAAUAACAUGUGCAACAAAUUAGAUCUGAGGCAGAUCUGCCAAUGGUAUAUUAAUAUAAGUUUAUUAAUGCUUUGAUCCUUUUUGCGUUUGCAGUUUACAUUUGGGAAAGGGUGUCAAAUCAGAUUGUAUGCAAAUUUGUGGUUUUGCAGGAGUUCGUUAAAGUCAUGGAUUGUACUGAAAGUUGUUUUCAGUUUAAAUUGGGGAGGGGUUUAAAUUAGAUUGUAUGCAAAUUUGUGGUUUUCAAGGACUUGAAAUAUGAUUUACUCAAUGUAGACCAAAGCUUUCAUUAAUUACUUGAGUCAAGGGUUGCAUUGAAUAUGAUAUUAUGUAAAAUUAACACCAUUUAUUUUCUUGUUGAAAGUGAUAUGUUAUAUUGUUAUUUGUUGUUUUGUUAAUUUGAUUUUAAUACAAGUUGAAUUUGUUAUUAUUAUCUCAUACUGUAUGAUGUUCAUACUUUAAUACAAGUUAGUAUUAGAUGGUAUUAUUGUCCCAUACUUCAUGCUAAUGUUUUGUUAAUUUGAUUUUAAUACAAGUUGGACUUGUUAUUAUUUUCUCAUACUUCAUGGUGUCCAUACUUUAAUACAAAUUGUUAUUAUUAUCUCAUACUUCAUGGUGUCCAUACAAAUUGUUAUUAUAUUGUAUUAAUGUGAGAAUGUCCCCUACUUCACACAUAAUCAUCUCUAUUGUAAUUACUACAUGUACAUUUAUUCAUGGAUGUUUCCAUUCAUAUUCUCAUUUACAACAUCAAAUUUAUGUUCAUGUACCUACUAUAUUUACUAUAUUUACUUGUUGUUAAUAUUAUAAAUUGGUUCAACACACUCAAAAAAUCUUUAUUACUAUUCUUAAAAGCAGUUAUUUUAAAUAUUUCAUUUUCCUGUCUAAAUAUGUCCAAUAAACUAGAGUCAAGUUACUAAAUAUAUACUUGCAAAUACAUUGUGAUAUUACUAUUUUCCAGAAUACUUACAUCAGGGUCUUAUUUAAAAAAACUGGAAUGGUCAAAUUUGAAAAAUACUGGCUAAAAUUUGUAUUACGAUUUUAACUUUCUGCAAAUCGAAAGUCGGAAUCCUUAAAAUAUUCUAGUACAAAUUUUGUCUGAUACGGCCUCUAAUUUUGUAACAGUAUAUUGAGUAUUUUAUAUUUUUGAAUAAAAUAUAAAUGUACGUUUUAUUUAAUCAUAUGGAGAGAUCACAUGAUAGUUGGUCUAGUUGACAUGGCAGUUCUUAAUACUGAUCUAUAUUUAGUAACUGGUUUAUAGCUAUUUUGUUUUAUAAUAUAGUUUAUUUGAAAAGUAAAAUAUAUAUCUCUAGUCUUAUAUCAAGAAAGUAUUUUUUCACCAAAAGAAAUGGUGAAGAGGUGUGGAAACAUUUGCAGAAUAAUCACUGAGAAUUUUCAAGUUUAUUACUUAGAAUUUAGUUAUAUUUUCGGUGACCUUUGAACAUUUAAAUAAUUUGGGAGCUUAUUUCAAAUCUGCUAUUUCUGUCCAUUUGCAUUUGGUUAUCUUUUGUAAAAUUGGUGAGGUUACAUUCUAGUUUCAAGAAAUGGUUCCCAAAAAGCAUUACUGGGAAAGGUUGGCCACAAUGGCAUUUCUCUACUCAAUUCAUCCCAUUGUUACCACUCCUUUUCAUUCCUUAAAAGAGCAUGAAUGUUUGGAUGGGAUAAUUGAAAAUUGAAAGUGUUUAUUUACUUAAUUCUGAUUAGUAACAAAUUUAACUGCAUAGCUAUAACCAUGUCAAGAAAACAAAACUUAAUAACGGAGGGAGUGGGGGGUAUGGCCAAGUGAUUUAGCUGGUUUCGAUCCAUGAUGUGAUCGUAUAUGGCUUGGAGAUAGGGCCACAUUCUCAAUCUUGUGGGUUUACUCCGGGUACUUUGGUUUCCUCCCACAGAAAAGACCCCUGCGCAUGCACUAGGCAUAAUAAAAUAAGAUAAAUCUUCUGCGAUAUCACCAUUAGUGGAAUAGUAGAAGAAAACCUUAUAAAGAGAGAAAUCUACUUUCUCAACAAGACUGAAAAUCAAUAACCCACAUAACACUAUUGUAUUAACUUCAAUUAAUGCAGCAAUAAUUGGAUGAUAAAAAGAAAUAUUUGAUCAAUAUUAUUUUAACCUGUUGUCAGUUCAAGUUUAGGUGCUGCCUGGGUGAAAUACACAGCUUGUUAAGUAAACACUGUGCACAACGCCUACGCAACACUUAAACAAGUUUUAUCCUUGUCAAAAUAAACACACAAUAUAACAAUGUAGGUAGGUAUGUCUACUGCGUAUUCAAAAAACUCUUAAAAUAUAUAAAAAAAAUUGAAUCUGAUAUAUCUUUGUAUAUUAUUGUAUAUUUUCUUGUAAAUAAAAAUGUAAAUAAAGGGAUAUUAAUAAAUAA